AUGUCUACCGGACUGGAUUCGUACGCAGCCUUUGAGGCAAGAGCCAUCAAAAUAGGUUUAGAGCCUGAGGUCAUCAAGCUGCUGAAGGAUGGAGGCGUGAAUAGCUUCGGAUCCUAUGCGUUUGUCACGGCAUACCAGCCUGGACAGGGUGAUGAGCAACCCCUUGUUGACUCCCUCAAGACCAUCAUGAAACGAGCACCCACAGCAACUGAGAUGAUCGGCCUUAGGCGUCUUUUCUUCGAAAGUUGCACCUUGGCAUUGAGUGAGCUGCAGCAAAGAUCAGAGAACAAUAGCAACCCGGAGCCUUCCAAAAUGCCCAUUGCCGAGCGCAAUUCACGGUUGGCGUUGCAGAGGGAUAGGCUGAAAGGAGUUCAUUUUAGCACAGAGACCGAGCCAUCGCAUAAACUAGCUGACUUGGUCAACCAGUUUGCCAUCGACCAGAGCGUAGAGUGGCUACCAUGGGAAAAGCUGACCUCCCGGUCCAGUGAGAUCACCCAUUCGGAGAAGGAUCUGCGCAUUUCUUUUGAUUCGUCAGGCAACUUGAAGCUGGCCCCAAAGGAGUCGGCCAACGAGGCCCCUGUGAAUGGAGAGAUGCGGAUUCGGCAGGCGCUAGCGCGACGAGCGCGCGCGUUUGACCUUGCAGAAUUAUGCAGUUUUACCAAAAUGGAGGAGUGGCAUGAGAAGCUCUUUGAGGCAUACCAAAGGGAGCCCUUGCCGAACGCCAUGCCCUUGUCGUUGAGUCAGCUUCGGGAAGCCGAUAAGGUUUUGUUUAGGAAGCUGGCUGAAAAGACAAGGGGAUCUUUGGUGCAAAAGGCAGAUGGUACAAAGCCCAUGGAAGCCGCCAUGGAUGACCUCAUGAAUUGUGCAGAGGGUGCGGUCGACUCAGUAAGACUGCGCAACAAGAAGGGUUUGCCAUUUUGGCAGUUGAUGGCCUUAGGAAUUCGCAUCGUGUCGAGUAACAAGCCAGAGCGAUUAGAGAAGAUCCGGGAAUUGCUUGUGGACUUGAAGAAAGGCGGAAAGGUCACCAAGAGGCAAGCGCAAGUCAUCCAUGGUAACCUAAACUUUGCUAUGGGUUUUUGCAUGGGUCACACGUUGAAGAUUGCCGCACGGGCUUUUGCAUCCUUGUCUGCCGGCGAUCAGAACGUCAGCCCUAAGGCGCUGAAUAAUUUGUGUGACUGGACCUUGGACCUUUUGAAGUUGCUGAAUCCGAGAGAGUGGACCGCUGGGAUGACUGGCGACCCGGUUGUGAUUUUCACUGACGCUGCUUACGAAGACGGAGUUGCUACUUACGGCAUUGUGUUCCUAGAUGCUCCAGCGGGAUACCGCACAGCGCUGGGCGGACGCAUCCCGGAUUUCCUUGUGAAUGUGUGGCAUGAGCUUGGGAGCGAACAAGUGAUCACGUUGGCUGAAGCUUUUGCCGCUCUUCUGGCAAGAUACCUUUUCCGAUCUAGGAUCUUGAAGAGAAGGCUACUUGUAUUCAUUGACAAUGAGGGUGCCAGGCACACGCUGAUUAAAGCGUCCAGCCAUACCCUGGCCCUCUUGCAGAUUGCUCAACUCUUCAACUCCUGCAGCGAAUAUGAUUUUGCCCUGGCAUGGAUCGAGAGG